AUGUUUAUGGCAAAGAUAUCCAAAUUUUUCAAAGACCCUUGUGAUGUGUACUCUGCAAUACACCCUUUAUUUAACGUUUGUACCCUUUUCGGCCUUGCCCCUUAUUCACUGAUAAGACUUGAAAAUGGAAAAAAGAUUUUUAAAUUUGCUUGGUGCCCUUUGUUUAGAAACGCACUUUUGGCUUUAAUACUGUUAGGUAGUCUUACCUUUCAUGCGGUAUAUGAUUUAUUUCCUUUGAAAGAGGGCGACCUCAAGCAAAAUUUGAGAUACGUUCAAGAGACAUUUUCAAGCUUACUGUCAUGCUGCGCAGUUAUUUUUGGGUGCAUUUUUGCUCUGAAAAUCAUCGAAGUGUUUAAAAAUAUAGAAGAAGUGGAUGUGUCGUUUCGGAGUUUGGCUGUCUGGGUGCCAUAUAAGAAUUUGUAUGUCAGAAUUAUAUUGCACUUAGUGGGUUUGCUAUUGAUUGUGGUUACGCUUACUUUGGAUUUCGUGUUUUUUGCUUCUUUGGAAUAUGGUGAUCACAUAUAUUCCUUCUUUAUCACGUUUAUGACAAUAAUUUUGCCCUAUUUUAUAAAUUUGUUGAUGGAGUUACAGUAUUGUCACUACUUGAACAUACUGCGAAUCAGGUAUAAAUUGUUAAACGAGUACUUGGAAACUCUCGUUCAGGAAACAAAAUGUCCAAACGUGAUUGAAGGCUGGACAGAUGACGCAGUUCCUACGAUUACCACGAAUAAGAAAAAAGAGAAGAAGGAAGUAUUUGGGUCUGGAAGUAAAGUACCUAAAAGCAUGAUGGCUAUUUCAGAUCCGGUUUUCAUAGUAGAUCAAGUGGCUGCGUUACAUAUAAAAUUGACGGAUACGGCUCACAUGAUCAAUUAUGCUUUUUGUGUACAACAACUUUUGAGAAUUACUGUUGCUUUUAUUAGCAUUGUUACUGCUUUGUUUUUGGUUGCGAUCAAUUUCAACAAAUCUUCUUCUCAAAAAGAUGACAAAGCUCCACUGGAUUACUUCUUUACAUUUUGGGCGUUUUCUAAUGCUUGUGAAGUGAUGGCCAUUGUGUGGAUUACAAGCGAAACUUGUGAGGAAGCGAACACGUGCCCUAGAAUUUUACAUAAGAUCAGAAACAACACAACAAAUACUAAUCUUCAAGACACGAUUGAAAUAUAUUCUCUUCAAAUGUAUCAUAACCGACUUUCUUUCACUGUGUGUGGUUUAUUCCCACUUGAUUAUACAUUAUUAUAUACGAUUGUCGCCGGGGUAACAACUUACCUUGUUAUUUUAAUCCAGUUUAAUAACGCCGACUUCAUAAAGAAAGUUCCACAAAAUUCGUCAUUUUCCAACAACACCACCACUGAAAGUUAUUAAAUACAGUAUCACCACAUUCACUU